GCAAAAAGAUUGGUCUUGCAUUCUGCUUUGGAGAAGUAGAAAUUGAUGAAAACAAAUUCUGUGGAGAAAUCAGAGAAACCAGGAGUCACAUUUGGGGCAUUUCAUCUUUACUCAUUUCAGAAAAGUACCAACAUGUAUACUGGAGAGAAAUUCUACAAGUGCCCCCAAUGUAGGAAAGCUUUUAAUAAAAUCUCAAAACUCAUUUUACAUCAGAGAAUUCAUGUUGGAGAAAACCCUUGUGAAUGCAAUGACUGUGGGAAAGGUUUCCAUCAUAGGUCAAAACUUAACAUACAUAAGAGGGCACAUACUAGAAAAAAUCAUUAUCAAUGCAAUGACUGUGGGAAAAUGUUUAUUAAUGGCUCAAAACUUAUUUUACAUCAGAGGAUUCAUAUUGGUGAGAAGCCUUUUAAAUGUAGUGAAUGUGGGAAAGGCUUCAGUCAUAGGUCAAAACUUAUUAUACACCAGAGAAUUCAUACUGGUCAGAAGCCAUUUCAAUGUCAUGAUUGUGGGAAGGCCUUUAAUCAGCAUUCCAAUCUCCUUCAACACCAGAGAAUUCAUACUGGUGAGAAGCCAUUUAAAUGUGAUGAUUAUGGGAAGGCAUUUAAUUGGAUUUCCAAAUUCCGUAAACACCAGAGAAUUCAUAAUGAUGAGAAGCCAUAUAAAGGUAAUGAUUGUGGGAAGACCUUUAAUCAGAAUUCCAACCUCUCUGUUCACCAAAGAAUUCAUACUAGUGAGAGGCCAUUUCAAUGUAAUGAUUGUGGGAAAGCCUUUAUUCGGUGUUCCACUCUCUUUCAACACCAGAGAAUUCAUACUGUUGUGAAGCCAUUUCAAUGUCAUGAUUGUGGGAAGGCCUUUAAUCAGAGUUCCCACCUCCUUCAACACCAGAGAAUUCACACUGGUGAGAAGCCAUUUCAAUGUCAUGGUACUGGGAAGGCCUUUAAUCAGAAUUCCAACAUCUCUGUUCACCAAAGAAUUCAUAAUACUGAGAGGCCAUUUCAAUUUCAUGAUUGUGGGAAGUCCUUUAAACAGAGUUCCCACCUCCUUCAACAACAAAGAAUUCAUACUGGUGAGAAGCCAUUUCAAUGUCAUGAUUGUGGGAAGGCCUUUAAUCAGAGUUCCCACCUCCUUCAACACCAACGAAUUCAUACUGGUGAGAAGCCAUUUCAAUGUAAUGAUUGUGAGAAGGCCUUUAAUCAGAGUUCCACCCUCCUUAAACACCAGAGAAUUCAUACUGGUGAGAAGGCAUUUAAAUGUGAUGAUUGUGGGAAGGCCUUUAAUCAGAAUUCCCACCUCCUUCAGCACCAGAGAAUUCAUAAUGGUGAGAAGCCAUUUAAAUGUAAUGAUUGUGAGAAGGCCUUUAAUCGGAGUUCCAACCUCCUUAAACACCAGAGAAUUCAUACUGGUGAGAAGCCAUUUAAAUGUAAUGAUUGUGGGAAGGCCUUUAAUCAGAAUUCCCACCUCCUUCAGCACCAGAGAAUUCAUACUGGUGAGAAGCCAUUUCAAUGUCAUGAUUGUGGGAAGGCCUUCAAUCGGAGUUCCACACUCCUUAAACACCAGAGAAUUCAUACUGGCGAGAAGCCAUUUCAAUGUCAUGAUUGUGGGAAGGCCUUUAAUCAGAGUUCCCACCUCCUUCAACAUCAGAGAAUUCAUACUGAUGAGAAGCCAUUUCAAUGUAGUGAUUGUGGGAUGGCCUUUAAUCAGAGUUCCACCCUCCUUAAACACCAGAGAAUUCAUACUGAUGAGAAGCCAUUUAAAUGUAAUGAUUGUGGGAAGGCCUUUAAUCAGAGUUCCCACCUCCUUCAACAUCAGAGAAUUCAUACUGGUGAGAAGCCAUUUAAAUGUGGUGUUUGUGGGAUGGCUUUUAAUCAGAGUUCCCCCCUCCUUCAACAUCAGAGAAUUCAUACUGGUGAGAAGCCGUUUAAAUGUAAUGAUUGUGAGAAGGCCUUUAAUAGGAGUUCUGACCUCCUUAAACACCAGAGAAUUCAUACUGAUGAGAAGCCAUUUAAAUGUAAUGAUUGUGGGAAGGCCUUUAAUCAGAAUUCCCACCUCCUUCAGCACCAGAGAAUUCAUACUGGUGAGAAGCCAUUUAAAUGUCAUGAUUGUGGGAAAGCCUUUAAUCGGAGUUCCACCCUCCUUAAACACCAGAGAAUUCAUACUGGUGAGAAGCCAUUUAAAUGUGAUGAUUGUGGGAAGGCCUUUAAUCAGAAUUCCCACCUCCUUCAGCACCAGAGAAUUCAUACUGGUGAGAAGCCAUUUAAAUGUAAUGAUUGUGAGAAGGCCUUUAAUCGGAGUUCCAACCUCCUUAAACACCAGAGAAUUCAUACUGAUGAGAAGCCAUUUAAAUGUAAUGAUUGUGGGAAGGCCUUUAAUCAGAAUUCCCACCUCCUUCAGCACCAGAGAAUUCAUACUGUUGAGAAGCCAUUUAAAUGUCAUGAUUGUGGGAAGGCCUUUAAUCGGAGUUACACCCUCCUUAAACACCAGAGAAUUCAUACUGAUGAGAAGCCAUUUAAAUGUAAUGAUUGUGGGAAGGCCUUUAAUCAGAAUUCCCACCUCCUUCAGCACCAGAGAAUUCAUACUGGUGAGAAGCCAUUUCAAUGUCAUGAUUGUGGGAAGGCCUUUAAUCGGAGUUCAACCCUUCUUAAACACCAGAGAAUUCAUACCGGUGAGAAGCCAUUUAAAUGUAAUGAUUGUGGGAUGGCCUUUAAUCAGAGUUCAAAUUUAAUUAAUCACAAAAUAAUUCAUACUGGUGAGAAGCCAUUUCAAUGUCAUGAUUGUGGGAAGGCCUUUAAUCAGAAUUCCAACCUCUCUGUUCACCAAAGAAUUCAUACUAGUGAGAGGCCGUUUCAAUGUAAUGAUUGUGGUAAGGCCUUUAAUCGGAGUUCCCACCUCCUUCAACACCAGAGAAUUCAUACUGGUGAGAAGCCAUUUAAAUGUGAUGAUUGUGGGAAGGCCUUUAAUCAGAGUUCCCACCUCCUUCAACACCAGAGAAUUCAUACUGGUGAGAAGCCAUUUCAAUGUCAUGGUACUGGGAAGGCCUUUAAUCAGAAUUCCAACAGCUCUAUUCACCAAAGAAUUCAUAAUAUUGAGAGGCUAUUUAAAUGUAAUGAUUGUGGGAAAGCCUUUAAACAGAGUUCCCACCUCCUUCAACACCAAAGAAUUCAUACUGGUGAGAAGCCAUUUCAAUGUCAUGAUUGUGGGAAGGCCUUUAAUCAGAAUUCCAACCUCUCUGUUCACCAAAGAAUACAUACUGGUGAGAAGCCAUUUCAAUGUCAUGAUUGUGGGAAGGCCUUUAAUCAGAAAUCCCACCUCCUUCCGCACCAGAGAAUUCAUACUGGCGAGAAGCCUUUUAAAUGUAAUGAUUGUGAGAAGGCCUUUAAUCGGAGUUCCCACCUCCUUCAACACCAGAGAAUUCAUACUGGUGAGAAGCCUUUUAAAUGUAAUGAUUGUGAGAAGGCCUUUAAUCAGAGUUCCCACCUCCUUCAACACCAGAGAAUUCAUACUGGUGAGAAGCCAUUUAAAUGUGAUGAUUGUAAGAAGGCCUUUAAUCGGAGUUCCCACCUCCUUCAACACCAGAGAAUCCAUACUGGUGAGAAGCCAUUUAAAUGUGAUGAUUGUGAGAAGGCCUUUAAUCGGAGUUCCCACCUCCUUCAACACCAGAGAAUUCAUACUGGUGAGAAGCCUUUUAAAUGUGAUGAUUGUGAGAAGGCCUUUAAUCAGAGUUCCCACCUCCUUCAACACCAGAGAAUUCAUACUGGUGAGAAGCCUUUUAAAUGUGAUGAUUGUGAGAAGGCCUUUAAUCAGAGAUCCAACCUCCUUCAACACCAGAGAAUUCAUACUGGUGAGAAGCCAUUUAAAUGCGAUGAUUGUGGGAAGGCCUUUAAUCAGAAUUCCCACCUCCUUCAGCACCAGAGUAUUCAUACUGGUGAGAAGCCUUUUAAAUGUAAUGAUUGUGAGAAGGCCUUUAAUGGGAGUUCUACCCUCCUUAAACACCAGAGAAUUCAUACUGGUGAGAAGCCAUUUCAAUGUCAUGAUUGUGGGAAGGCCUUUAAUCAGAGUUCCAACCUCCUUCAACACCAAAGAAUUCAUACUGGUGAGAAGCCAUUUAAAUGUAAUGAUUGUGGGAAGGCCUUUAAUCGGAGUUCAAAUUUAAUUGUCCAUCAGAGAAUUCAUACUGGAAAGCUUAUUAAAAAAUCAUGAAUGUGGUAAAGAUUUCAAUAAGAGAACAAACUUCCUGGUACAUCAGAGAAUUCACAUUGGUG